GAAUGAAAUGCCAGUCAGCGGCACGUACUCCCACGAUAUAAAUACACGCGACGGUGUGAUUUUCAGUUAAACUCAAAAUCGAAAGAGAUGUUACGUUCAACAUUAAAAAGUCUUAGACAAUUUUAUCGUCCGCUUUCUGGACUGUGUGGGAAGCCGGUGAAUGAGUGGGCCACGGGUGCAGUCGUGCCGGGGCGCCUUCCACAGAAAUCUCAAGACUGCAAAUUUUCAACAGAUGACUUUGACUGUCUACAAAUUGACUGCCAGGAGGAGGGGUUCCAGUCCUUCAUGAAUAAUUCUGACCACGGCAUUUUUUCCACAUUGGAAGAAAACAAACCGCAAGUGGUUUUCUUAGAGCACAUGCAGGAAUCAGAUUUCUGGACAAAAAUACACGUACUCAUGCGCAAUCUGGGAUACACCGGAAGUUUCGAGGACUCUCGUCAUGGUCGUGUCAAAGGUGUGUUUAUACGAAAUGACUUAGUGGAGCCCAGAGGUCAAACUGGAGUGGAGACAGUCUACAAGUCGGGUAUACCAGACCCUCUCUAGGACAGGGGAGGGAACUGUGUAAAGCAUUCCCUAAUUUAUCUACCUCAUGUUGUGAUAUUACGUCUUAUGUGAAGUAUUUUAAUUAUGAGACGCUAGCAAUUGAAUCUCAGUAUUAGAAAUCCCUGAGCUUUACUAGAUGUGAUUUAUUAUGUACGUUAUAGUUGUUUACACGCUCUAAUAAAAUUAUGUUAGGUCACA